AUGAAAAAAUCCAUUCUCUUGGAACUCUGGUUGGCAGUGCUAACCUACGUGGUGAUAGGUGCCGCCAUCUUCAGGUUCCUGGAGCUGCCAAAGGAAAAGGAGAUGCAAGCCAUCAUGAAAGAGACCCGGGAAAAGUUCCUCCGGUUGCACCCCUGUGUUAGCCGCUCAUCAUUCCGGGUUCUUGUACAGAAUGUGGUCACCUCUGUGACUGUAGGUAUGGACCCCGGGGCCUACUUCACCAACAAAACCCGAUCAACUUGGACCACAGAGGGUGCCAUCUUCUUCGCAGGCAGCCUUGUCACCACUGUCGGCUAUGGGAACGUGAUCCUGCUCUCAGAUGAGGGUCGCAUUUUCUGCGUCUUCUUUAUUGUGCUGGGGAUCCCACUGUACGGGAUGCUGUUGACGAGCACUGGUGAACACGUUGGCACGAACCUGCAGGCGAGAAUCAGCACCAUGGAGAAUUUCUUAACCAAGAGGCAGUUGUUGGGCACCGUGAUGGUGCGCUUCCUCGCCUCCAUAUUUUUCAUUGGGAUCGGCUUUUUGUUCUUUGUGGCGCUGCCCGUGGUCAUAUUCAUCACCCUUGAGAACUGGUCUGAGGUGGAGUCCUUCUUCUAUGUCAUAGUGACACUCACCACCGUGGGCUUCGGGGACUUUGUGCCUGGCACGAACCCCGUGAAUACUUUCUGGGGCUACCAAUACCUUGUCUUGCUCUGGAUCGUUCUCUCUCUCUUCUACUUUGCCUCCAUCAUCACCAUGAUUGGGAAUUGGAUCCGGCAAGAGAUGAACAAUUUGGAGGAGGUAGAGAAACUCUCCCAGUCCUCCAACCUUAUGGGGAGGGCAAAGGAACCUUCUAGGAGGUUCCCUAGGGGAUCAAAAGUAGUGCCUGCCCCAUCGUCUGUGACCACCCGGUCUAUGACUGCCCCGUCUACGACGUCAAUGACCGCCCCAUCUAAGACGUCAAUGACCACCCCAUCUAAGAUCAUCCCAUCUAAGACCUCCCCGCCUAAGACCUUCCCGACUAAGUCUAUGACCACCCCAUCGACUAAGUCUAUGACCACCCCAUCGACUAUCUCCACAGUCCAACCGAAAGGCAACUGAGAGCAGGGCAGAGAUUCUCUGGCCUCUGGAUCCUCAGCCAAGGACACAGGCCAGGAUGCUUAGAUUCUGAAGGCCUGGAUUAUAAACCGGCCUCUGACACUGGCUGGGUUGCCUUAGGGAAGUUACCCAAUCUCACUGAACCUUUCAGUUCCUCCUCUGGUAAUGCCUGGAGGCCCUUCCGGGUUAGGGGUGGGGGGUGGGGAGGGUUCCAGCUUUGAAUCUCCCGGAGCCCCCCAAGGACUCUGCCGCAUAGUGGCCCACUGAGAGCCGUACUUGAGUAGCCUCAAAAAGCGGGCCUCGAUAUGGCAGCAGGGGCAGCCGGAGUCCACCACCACCGGACUCAAGUCUACCAUCCGUGCCUCGGAUUCCGUGGAUCCCCGCGACAAGUGCUUAGAGUUGAAGGAGGAGUUGUCAGACACAGAGAGCGAGCCCGGUUGUGUGGUUCUCCGCCUCCGGCCUAAGGGCGUCAAAUCUCCCAUUAAACUUGCCUUUGCCCGGAAGAGGAAGCGGCUCUCCAUCAAAAUGUUGACCCGAAGGGCCUAGUUUGGGGAUGGGAGGGACUGGCAGCCCCGCCCUGUGGGCCCGAGGACCCUGGCGGCAGGUUUCUCAGAAGGGCUUCCAUUGUUCAGCCCAGGUCCCUCUUCACUCCCAUCCCCCCGUGGGGGCCUCUCCCUAGGGUCCCCAGACUGUGCCUCCUAGCCUGAUUCAAUAAAGACGCCUCCUAGCCACCGGCUUUUGUCAUGUCUCUCCUCGCCCGAGGGGUGGUCAGGGAUGGGUGGUGGCCGAGUGGCUUAGGUGAGCGCGCCUAAACUCACAGGCGGCUUGGAUUGGACGGACAGGCGCUCGGAAGACCUGCUCUGGCAUCCCGGAGCCUCCUACGGGAUCUCGGACGCCCCCCAAAGGAAAAAACCCAACCCCGAAAACACCGGCCAAUAAGAACCAUUUGUUAGUGAGGUUUUAAGGGAACCGCUUUCUCCGCCUGGUUUUUAAUGCCCCCACCCCCACUCCUGCACCAGCUGCUCCGGAAGCGUUUGGAGGGAGGGUCAGGCCCCAGGAAUGGCCCUUAAGUGGUAGGGUCCGAACACAGGCCAUGUGACUCAAUCCCAACGACCUCUUUCCCCCCUCCCCCAGCUCUCCUUGAGCCCGGCCCUCAAAGCUCAGUUGUCGACGGUUAUAGGAAGGAUGGAGGACCAAAGUUUGAGGCUCUCCGAGACAACAGACCCACUGGGUCAAACCCCGAGCGAGGAGGCCGGAGAGAGCCAAAAGGAGGGCCCAAUGCUCUCAGAUCAGGCGGAUCAGGCGGAUCAGGCCUCAGGUCACCAGAGCCUGGGAGCAUGCUCUCUGGGGACCUCAGAGGACGAUUGGGAGGAAGAAUUCACGGAGUUGACGACCCAACCCUUGGACCACAGGCUUUUGACUCCGGGGAGCUACUUUCCGGAGGAGAGCCGGGAGGGGAGCAGCAGCAUCGACUCUGCCUCGAGCAAGGUCGCGCCCUAUAACAGGGGGAGCCGGAACAGCCCAAACCUCAGCGAAUAUAUGCAGCCCUCGACUGGCGGCCAAACCGUCACGGACAGCACCGGAUCCUACAACAAAUUCCAAACCACUAACUUAUCAGCCAAUAGCCAAAGGAUCGACUAUCCUGCGCACGUCGCGUACUGGGCUGAGCAAAAGCACCAACUGCCCCUGCCUCUGCUCAACCUCUUGGAGGAGGAGACGCUGGAAAUCCUUACCAAGACUCUACAGAGUUACCGCAAGGGCAUAGGGAAAGACCACAAGCUGACCCAGCAGCUCCAGAUGCAAGUGGAGAAACUGAGCAAGAAUCUGAAGAAACGCAGAUUGCCCACACACUGAGCGCCUCGCGACCCCCUGGGAACCCCACCCUGCCUCUCGAGAGAAAUAAAGGCGCUCCACCCUCUUGCUCA